AUGUAUCAACAUCAACCUCAUAUAGGUGUUUGCUUACAUCUGCCAGAAACAGCCCGGGACAAGGAAGCGGAAGGAAAAAAGGCCACUUCAGGAGGCUACUUUACCUUGAGUCUGCUGUUUUCUGACAAGAGCUUGAAUGUCACUGUUCAGCAUGAUCAAUUGGAGAAGGGCCUUGAGGUUGGUGCUGUGGAGCAGAGGGAAGAUUCCAGAGCUUCUGCAGCAAGACUCAUCAGACCUCAUGACUGGUUAAAGAAAAGAAUUAUUCCAUAUUUAUUACGACUGAGGCAAAUUAAAAACGAAACUCUUCAGGCUGCAGUUAGAGAAAUUUUGGCCUUAAUUGGCUACGUGGAUCCAGUGAAAGGGAGAGAAAUCCGAAUUCUUACAAUUGAUGGUGGAGGAACAAGGGGUGUGGUUGCUCUUCAGACACUACGGAAAUUGGUCGAACUUACUCAGAAGCCAGUUCAUCGGCUCUUUGAUUACAUUUGUGGUGUAAGCACAGGUGCCAUAUUAGCUUUCAUGUUGGGAUUGUUUCAUAUGCCCUUGGAUGAAUGUGAGGAACUUUAUCGAAAAUUAGGAUCAGAUGUGUUUGCACAAAAUGUCAUUGUUGGAACAGUCAAAAUGAGUUGGAGCCAUGCAUUUUAUGAUAGUCAAACCUGGGAAAAGAUUCUUAAGGAUAGAAUGGGAUCUGCGCUAAUAAUUGAAACAGCAAGAAAUCCCACCUGUCCUAAGGUAGCUGCUGUAAGUACCGUAGUAAACAGAAAGAUAACACCAAAAGCUUUUGUGUUCAGAAACUAUGGUCACUUUCCUGGAAUCAACUUUCAUUAUUUGGGAGGCUGCCAAUAUAAAAUGUGGCAGGCCAUUAGAGCCUCAUCUGCUGCUCCAGGCUACUUUGCAGAAUAUGCAUUGGGAAAUGAUCUUCAUCAAGAUGGAGGCUGGCUUUUGAAUAACCCUUCGGCCUUAGCAAUGCAUGAGUGUAAAUGUCUUUGGCCAGAUGUCCCGUUAGAGUGCCUAGUAUCCCUGGGCACUGGACGUUACGAGAGUGACGUGAGAAACACCACAACACACACAAGCUUGAAAACCAAACUUUCUAAUGUUAUCAACAGAGCUGUAGAUACAGAAGAAGUCCUUAUAAUGCUUGAUGGUCUGUUACCUCCUGACACCUAUUUUAGAUUCAAUCCUGUAAUGUGUGAAAACAUACCUCUAGAUGAAAGUCGAAAUGAAAAGCUGGAUCAGCUGCAGUUGGAAGGGAUGAAGUACAUAGAAAGAAAUGAACACAGGGUGGCGCAUGUGGCUCAAAGGGGUAGGGGCCAGCCCCAUAUGCUGGAGGUGACAGGUUCAAACCCAGCCCCAGCCAAAAACCACAAAAAAAAAAAAAGGAAAGAAAUGAACACAAAAUGGAAAACGUUGCGAAAAUAUUAAGUCAAGAAAAAACAACUCUGCAGAAAAUUAAUGAGUGGUUAAAAUUAAAAACUGACAUGUAUGAAGCCCUUCCAUUCUUUUCAAAAUUGUGAUGAGUAUGUGUGUACUUUCUCAUAAAUGAAGGUCUGUUCAGAAAAUACACCAAAUUCAAUGAGGAAUUUGGGGGGUUGACAUGAGUAGACUUUGAAGUACUUAUGAAUUCUGGAGAAUCCUGAGAAAGGCGGUGCUUCGGCUAGCUUGCACAGCACAGAGCAUGUGCUUGGUUACAGAAUUCUGUGGGAAUUCGGUUUCUAAGAUGUUCAUAAUUAACUAAACUUUAGGAAUCUUAUUGUGCUAGUUGGUUGUAGUAGAUAUUAGUGUUAUAUUGUUUGAUGUUUGAAAAUGUAUUAAUAUAUGUGCCAAACAAGAAACUGAAAA